GUAAAUCUAAAGUAAAUGCAAAGCUGAUGACUUUAUUUAUUUGAUCUCGUUGGAAUGAAAUUUGGAGGGAAGUUUAAUUUAAUAUUGAAACUCCGAUUCGGAGUGAAAUUAAUUCCGAAAAGGAGUUUAUUUUAAUAUUAAAACUCUGAAUCGGAGUGAAUACGGGUUUAAAUAAAAUCCAUAUCAUCUCGAAAUCUCUCCUCUGGAAAAAUAAACCCCCUAUUAACUCCAUAUGCCGAAUGUUUUGUUUUCUUAACUCCGGAACUCUAAGUGACGGAGUGAAUUCGAAUUUAAAUAAAAUCCAUAUCACUCAAAAUUUUUUACAGUGUAGCGUAAUUAGUUAUCAAGGCAUGAAAACGUUGAUCUGAUAAUUUUCGAUCAGUGUCCUUAUUGACGAUAUGAUGAAUGUCUAAUACAUAAUAGGGGUGUGUAAUGGAUUGUAUUGAAGAGUAAAGUUUUAUGCGCGAGCGAGAGCGCGGAUAUCGAGCGACGUGGACGAACGUAUCUACGCCGACGCCGAGGAGUGAUAGCCAACGAGUAGAGCCCGGUAGUCUGUUUAAUGUGGACUACAGAAGAAGAUUGUACAGCGUCUCUGAAGGCUUACAAACCACGCUUGAUAUUCACUUAUUACAUUCUUCUGGCAAUAGCAAUAGUACCUCCCAGUUUGCCGCGAGUCCUCAUUCGUUGUACUUCGUUUCCGUGUGUGCUUCCAAUCACCAACUGAUGGUUCCGGUACAAGUGAAUUUAAUUCGUGCUCAAUAAGUUCUGCAAGUUGAAUCAGCUGCUGCGUAAUCAAACUUUGUCUGUGAUCACUUAAUUGACGAAAUCUAACAACGAAUAAUUAUCAUCGAAGAUCAAUAUCUCUCAAGUUAAGGACACAGAAGCUAGAAUUUUUAAAAGUCGUCAAGGUGUCAUGAGAGGCGGUUUCACGAUCCGCCCUUCUUAUCUGUCCUACGUAGAGUCAUGCAUGUCGCGCCCUUCAAACGAGCAAACGUGGGAUACGAGCAAGAAACACGAAACGGCGAGACCAUUGAUGCGCUGUCAAAUGAAUCAGGAAGCAUCGGAGAAACGGCGAACACGUCGACGCAAGACAACGCAUCAGGAAACAGGAACCGAUGGCGGCUUCGUCGGGGCAGCUCGACACAAGGCAAAAGCAAUGAACUGGCUUCUUGUAUGGGGGAUGACCAAGACGGGAGUGGAAGGCGCGGAGGGAUGGAGGGGAAGGACCCAGAGACGAACGACCCUCUUCACCUCAAGAGACGGGUGGGACUCGUCAGUGGGGUGGCUUUAAUUGUCGGCACCAUGAUCGGUUCAGGAAUAUUCGUUUCGCCGACGGGUUUGCUAAUCCGCACUGGCAGCGUCGGCAUGAGUUUCCUGGUAUGGACUGCGUGCGGAGUACUUAGUUUAUGCGGAGCACUAGCUUACGCAGAACUUGGUACGAUGAAUACGAGCAGUGGUGCAGAGUACGCGUAUUUUAUGGACGCAUUUGGAGCACCACCAGCAUUUUUGUUCUCCUGGACAUCGACACUCGUUCUGAAGCCCUCUCAGAUGGCCAUCAUAUGCCUGUCCUUCGCUCAGUACGCCGUCGAAGCAUUUGCCGCAGAGUGUGAACCACCUGAACAUCUCGUUAAAAUCGUCGGCCUUCUUGCUAUCACGGUUAUUUUACUCAUUAAUUGUUACAGCGUUAAUUUAGCGACAGGCGUACAGAAUACUUUUACUGCUGCCAAACUUAUUGCUAUACUUGUCGUAAUAGCUGGCGGAUCGUGGUCUCUUGCCAAAGGUAAUACACAACAUCUGCAAGGUGCAUUUAAAAUGUUGGACGAAAGUGACACUUUGACAAUCGGCAGACUGGCGACUGCAUUUUAUACGGGUCUCUGGGCUUAUGAUGGAUGGAACAAUCUUAAUUAUGUUACUGAAGAGAUUAAAGACCCCUCGAAAAAUCUGCCAAGGUCCAUCAUGAUCGGGAUUCCCCUUGUCACCGUGUGCUACGCUCUCAUAAACCUUUCUUACUUGGCAGUAAUGUCGCCGAUGGAGAUGAUUGAGAGUGAAGCAGUCGCGGUUACCUUCGGGAAUCGCAUCCUCGGGGUGAUGGCCUGGCUGAUGCCCUUCUCAGUUGCUGUGAGUACCUUUGGAUCAGCGAACGGGACACUUUUUGCUGCCGGACGGCUGUGUUUCGCUGCCUCACGACAAGGCCAUCUUCUUGACUGUCUUAGUUACGUUCAUGUGCGGCGUUUUACACCUGCACCCGGACUUAUUUUUCACUCUCUAGUGGCAGCCGCAAUGGUGCUAUCUGGCAACAUCGACUCACUGAUUGACUUUUUUUCCUUCACCGCAUGGAUAUUCUACGGAGGUGCGAUGCUCGCGCUAUUAGUUAUGCGCAAGACACGACCUAAUCAUCCCCGUCCUUAUAAAUGUCCGCUUGUUAUACCAAUAUUUGUGCUAGGAAUCUCCAUGUACCUGAUAGUUGGCCCAAUAAUUGAUAAACCUCAGAUCGAGUAUCUAUAUGCCGCGGGAUUUAUCGCCGCCGGCAUGUUGUUCUACCUCCCGUUUGUCAAAUAUGGAUACGUACCCAAAUUUAUGGAAGGGGUCAAUGUUUUUCUUCAGAUGUUAUUGGAGGUGGCACCAACAGCCGCCUCAUAUGAUUGAUUCUCUUAUAUAUUGACAAAUAUA